AUGGAUUUAAAGGAUCCGUCUUACACUACUGCUCAGUGUGCAAAUGUUAAUCUCUAUGAAUCCAGUGCUGGCUCCUCUGAAAAAACACCUCCAUCUCCAAGGACAGAUCCCCGCUGGCCAUAUCUAAAUAAGUGGUCUGUGAGCGUCUCUUCAUCUCCUCAAUCUCCCCAGUCUGUUCUUUCUCCUCUGAAAUCAAAUCCUGAACCGGAAGCGGAAGUACAGCAGCCGUUAAUGAUAUCCUCUUGUGCUCCUGAAUCAGGAGAGGAAAUCAUCACUUCCUCCGAAGACAUGGUUUCCUUGCCACUGAACCACUCGCCAGUGACAGUUCAAAACCCUAAGGAUGCUCGUGAGGGUAUGGCUGAUGCUCCAGCUACAUCCUCGCCUUCUCCAUCUCUAGGGGCUUGGACGACUCCGCUCAAGAUGUCUGCUUUCGACUCCAUGGAAACUGACAAGAGGGGCAAGGGUCCAUCUCAUCCAAAUGAACCUAGUCCCAUUAUCAAGGCUGCUUCACAAGAAUAUCCAUGGGCAGCAAAGAUGAAAUCAGUGUGCAAUCUCAACAGGGUCACUGUUCCUGACUACUUGGAGGAUGGAACCCUUAAGAGAGGAAUAUGGCAUAUUGAUGAUUGCUUGAUGUUUGUUUCUGCUUGGUCUCCGGCUGAGACAAUUACUUUGCCAGAAAUCAAAACUAUUACACUUUGGUUGUCGCUCAAGAACAUACCAAAUCACCUCUACUCUUUUGAAGGAAUCAAGUGGAUCGCUUCAGGUAUUGGAGAGCCAAUGCUUACAUACAAACCCUGGCUUGAUCCUACACUAAUGGGAGAAGCAAAAAUUCUGGUUGAGGUCAAGUUAGAUAAGCCUUUCGCUCAGAGAGUAGCUAUUGAGGAUGAGAGUGGAUCUGUCUCAAUGGUUGAUGUGGUGUACUCUUGGCUGCCUUCGAAGUGUGCAAGCUGUGGUCAGCUGGGCCAUAAAGCGUCUCGUUGAUUGGGACAGCUGCUUGAUCCAACUAAGAGCACCAAGACAUCAUCUGUAAUAUCAGGAGAUGUUGAAUCAAGUUGUAUGGCAAAUGAGGCAAAUAAUAUGGUCAGGGAUAAAGAGGAAAGAGUUCCUAGUCCUAACCAUUCAGUUAAGAGCGUGACUGUCCCACACACUCCAACUCCAAAUGUGGCUGAUAUUUCCGAUUCAAUCUUGGCUCUAGCUACCAACAUGCCUAACGAUCAGAUCACCAACGCUGAGGACAACUCAAGGUUGGACACAAAGCAAGGUAAUACUAC